GAAAACCAAACAGCUAUAUUUUCAACUAGUGCUAGCAUUACCCACCUUUGGCAUUCUCCUGCGUCAUUGAAUUAGAGCCUUCUUUUAUCAUUAUUAUUUUACGCUUUCAUUGUUCCUUUGCUCUCCUUCCAUAAGCCCCACACACACGCACACCCACAUCAUGCCGGAGCAGUGCAUCGACAUCACCACCGUCCAAAUCGGCCACGUGGUCGGCAAGGGCGGGGCCACCAUCAAGGACAUUCAGGAGCGCACCGGCGCCAAGGUGGAGAUCCUCAAGGAGGGCCCGCAGGUGAAGAUCACGGCGGACGACGACGCUCAGCUCGCGGCGACCGUGGCGGAGGUGAACAAGAUCGUCGAGAACCAAGAGAACCCCGACUACGAAGGACCGGAGGGGUCGAGGCUGCGAGCGGAGGCCAACGCGCUGGGCGACAAGCGGUCGAAGCUGUACGACGAGGCCACGAAAAAGCGCGAGGGUGGCGACCACGAAGGGGCGAAUAAACUCGUGAAGGAGGGCAAGAAGGCCGGGGAGGAGAUGCAGGCCCGCCACCGCGAGGCCGCCGCCGCCAUCGCGAAGUUCAACAACGAGGACAAAGGCAAAGGGGAGGAGUACUUCGACAUGCACGGCCUGCACGAGGAUGAGGCGAUGGAGAUGCUGAAGGAGCGCGUGGCGAAGCUGGAGGCGAAGCCCGAGGGCACCGUGACGGAGUUCGAGGUGAUCCCCGGCGCCGGCCACCACUCCGCUCCCGGGGCCCAGAAGCUGAAGGGGGCGACGGAGGCCUUCCUGAAAGAGAAGGGCUUCGACUACGAGGCGGUGAACGCGGGCACCUUUAUGGCGAAGAUCCCGGGCACCGGCGAGGCCAUCGUCUCCGCCCCGGAGGAGGGCGACCGCAAGAAGCCGAAGGUGGAGGAGGCUCCCAAGGCCGACGAAAAGCCGAAGGCCGAGCAGAAGCCGGCUUCGUCCGAGCCCGCCGACAAGAAGAAGCCGGAAGAAGCGGCUGCAAAGAAGAAGGACGACAAGGCAAAGGACGCGGACAAAGAAGACAAGAAGAAGAAAGAGAAGGGCAAGUCCUGCUGCGCGUGCAUGUAA